UGAUGUCAGCGAUACUCAUCACUGGUCUUUGUGAUUCCUCCAACGACAGGGUUUGACCUACGAGGGUUUGGCGGGGAUGGAAUACCUGGGCCUGGUGGUGAAGGAGACGCUGAGACUGUUCCCGCCGCGGGUGUGGGUGCAGGCGGCGUGCACGCGGUCUACCGUGGCGUGCCACGUGAAGAUUCCCAGAGGGAUCCGGGUGGUCGUUCCCAUCUGGGUCAUGCAUCAUAGCCGGGAAUUCUGGGACCGACCGUGCCAAUUUAACCCACUCAGGUUCACCAGCACGGAGGAAGUUGCCCGUGACCCCCACUGCUUCCUGCCCUUUGGCCUCCGACCUCUGGCCACAGUGGGGAGUGAGGUCAGCAUCAUGCUGGUGAAGGUCGCCCUGGCUCUCGUGGUCAAAGCCUACACAUUCGCCCGGUGCGCUCAGACCCCGAUCUGCAUUGAGAUUGCCACAAUGGGCUCCACCAGAUCCAAGGAGCCCAUCUCUCUCCAGGUGGAGCUGCCAUAGACCACGGAGAAAUCUGCCCUACCCUGUGUCUCCCUUGUCGUUCUUUCAUCUACAAUGGCGAGAUGGGGGGGGGGGGGAAGAGAUUUCCCAGUCAGCAGCUUUUACAAGAAAGCCGAUGACCCAGAAGAUGGAUGGCUGCAUGGUCAUCUCCAUCAGUCUCAACGUCCAUGGAUCUCGGAGAAAAACCUUCAGCAAAAGAACAUGAGAAUCAAUAGAUUCCCACAAAUUGCUGUGGACUGCUCCAAUUAAUUCCUAUAACCUACUCACAAUAAAUAAA